UAUCAUUUAGUGUUGAACUAUACAGCGGCGUUAAUUUCUCACAAGGUCCCCAGCGGGCGUUGUGAUUAUAGUCCAUUAGUUGUUAUUGUGAUCGUUGUUGUCUAUUUAUCAGGAUUGAGUUUUUAGUCAGUAAAAUUAAUAUUAAAUCAUGUACCUCGGCCAAACUUGAUGUUCUCCCAUAAUGCUGCUACAAGUUAAUAUUUUGAGGAACUUCAUGUAAGAUAUGAAAAGUGCUAGACAGUUUGUUUUUGAUGGACUACCAGUGGAAAGCACUUCGAAAGCAUGUACAAGUUCUUCAGAAGACAAGACGGUUGUGGAUUUUGCUUCUCCAAGUAGUACCAACAGUAAAAGCUCCAGGGGGUUCUUUGAAAAUUUGUUUUACGUUCCCGCGUAUUGUACAACGCUCCAUUGGUGGUGGAGGUUAAAGUUUUUGCGUUUCGAAGAAUUUGUUUGUGCACACCAUUGGAAGGUUCUCAGUUCCAUAGUAGUACUUAGUCUAUUUUGUUUUGGCCUGAAAGCGGUUACUGUCGACACUAAUUUUGACAAGCUGUGGAUUGAAGAAAGUGAUCGUCUUACUGCUGAGUGGAAGUAUUUAACUAAAGCAUUACAAAAUGUUCAUACUGAAACAUUAUAUGGUGAUUUGUAUUAUUUUUCAAAAGAUACCAAAUUGUCUAGAAUGACAUAUCAUUCUCAGAGAGAUGAAAUAGACGAAAAAGAAACUGAUAUAUUUUCUUUACCAUCAACUAUGUCCAAAUCUAAAACUGAAACAGAUUCAUCCCUGAAUAGUCGUGAAUAUAUGGGUAGUAUGGAGACAAUAUUACAAACUACUAUACCAUAUACUAGCAGUCAAACAUUUUCUGAGCAUAUUAAAUCAUCAAAUUAUAUCCAUUCAGAUAAUAUUAAUGAUAACAGCAAUGUUGACAAUGAUAAUUAUGUUGAUAUUCUAACUCCUCAAGCUUUAUUAGAUCAUAUGGAGUUUUUGAUCAAAGUAAGACGACUUACAAUAACAGUUGGUUCAUCAAAAUGGUCUUUUAAAGAUUUAUGUCAACGUGUUAGUCUACCGUUUGGUGUGGAAAUGCAUCAUUUACAAGCUUAUCUGGAUAUGAUUAUACCGUGCAUUAUUAUCACACCAUUGGAUUGUUUUUGGGAAGGUGCGAAAGUUCUUGGUCCCGAGGAAGCAAUGUGGGUCCCUUGGUUUGAUGAACGCACUCUACUUCAAUGGACAAACAUUGAUCCUGUUGGAUUACUUCAAGACCUUUCUAAACGCUAUGGAAAUUAUUCACAAACCGAAAUUAAAAAUCUAAUUAAUCUAUUUUAUGAUUCUGGUAUUAAUCAUGGCUAUUUGAAUCGUUCUUGUUUAGAUCCAUUAGAUCCAGCUUGUCCAGUAUCAGCUCCUAAUUAUAGAGGAAAGGCUCCACAUAUCUCCAAGAUACUUAGUGGUGGUUGUCCAGGAUUCGCUUCCAAAAUGCUUCAUUGGCCAGAGGAAAUAAUAGUUGGUGGUCGAAUUCAUACUAAUAAUAGUUUUGAUAUACCUUUACAUACAAAACACCAAAAAGUUUCAUUUGAUUUAAAUCAAAAUAAAACUAGAUCUUCAAAAUCUUCUGAUCACUUUCUUUUAUCUUCGUCAGUUAAAUUCAAUAAAACCGGUCAGGGUUCAAAAAAUCUUUCUUAUCUAAUAAAAGCUAAUUCACUUCAAUCACUUAUCUUGUUGAGAUCUCCAAGAGAUUUAUAUGAGGCAGUUAGACGAAAUGAUCCAUACAAACAUGAAGAUUGGACAUUGGAUGAUGCUAGACAUGUUUUACGUGAAUGGAGACGGAAUCUAAGACGUUUGAUAAUAGAACACAACACUGGUUUACAACCUAAUGUUGAAUGGCGAUUUUUCGCAUUUACUAGCGCUUCAUUACAUGACCUCUUACAAGAGAUUACACUCCGUCUAGGACCUCUCACAUUGAUUGGCUGUCUUUUGUUAGUGUUUCUUUAUGGCGUUGUCUGUCUUCUUGGUUGGCGAGAUCCUGUUCGUUCACAGUGUUGGUUGGCAUUAUGCGGACUAAUGAUUAUAGCGUUGUCUUCAGUGGCUGGAUUGGGAAUAUGUGCAGCUGUUGGUAUUCCUUUCAAUGUAUUAACCAUCCAGGUAUUACCUUUUCUUCUCCUUGGUCUGGGUGUAGACAGUAUAUUUGUUUUGACCACUUGUCAUGAAUGUUGUAUCGCUCGACGUGUUGUCUUGUUGGCAAAUUCAUCACCACCUUCGGAUUUGAGCACUUCGUCGUCAGCAUUCUCCUUAUCUUCAUGCUCGUCGAAAUCAUCCAACCCUAUCCACGUAUUAUCUGUACAUGGUCCCAGUCUACUUUUUGGUACAAUAUCUUUAGCUGGUGCUUUCUUUUCUGCUGCAUUUAUCCCCGUUCCGUUAAUUCGCCAAUUCUGUUUACAGGCUGGUAUUCUUAUUGUUGUACAAUCGAUCAAUGUAUUUAUGCUCUUCCCUGUUCUAUUACAACUUGAUGCCACUCGUCGUAAUCAAAAGCGUUUAGAUGUGUUGUGUUGUUUACGUCAACCGGAACUAGAAACAGCGAUUAUGUCAAAUCCCCCCAAAUUAACCACUUUUUGUCAAUCUGAAUCAUGUCAUUUACGACCAUUUAAUUACUAUUCUGGUAGUAAAAACUUAAUUCCUAGUCGUUGUCAUCGUCAUCAUCAUCACCACCAUCAUCACCAUCAUCAUCAUAAUCAUCACUAUCAUUGUCGACAUUGUCGUUAUAUAAACUCAAAAAAAUUAACAGGGGGUAAUCGUGAUAUUUCUAUUAAUUUACCAGAGACAUGUAUCAGUUCUGGUUUUUCACAUCCAACUAUACAAGUUAAUGUAGUUAAUCAUCUUUCUAGAUCAAAACGUUCUUCGUCUUCUUCCAAUUUUAAUAAUGAAGUUACCAAAGCAAUUGUCAAGACAACAGCUAAUUCUACAGCUAAUACUGUUCAAACUACAGUUACUGUAACUGGGAAUCAAGAUAAAGAAACAAAUACUACUAAUAAUAUUUCAGAGUCUAGUGGAACUGAAAAUGUAUCAGUUUUGGAGUGUGGAAAAAACUGCCCUACUUGUCAGGAAGUUACUUCAACACCAGAGCAAGGAAGUCUACAGAAAUGCGUAAAUAAAUCCGAAUCUUAUUCAGAGUCCAGAACAACUAUCUCUUCUUCAUUGCUUGUACGGUUCACUAGACACUUUGCUUUUUUCAUUACUAGUCAUUGGAGUAUACAACUGUGUAUAUGCUUAUUAGGUCUUGGAUUAUUUUGUGCAGCUGUGCUUUGUGCAACUUUUAAACUACGCCUAGGUUUGGAUUGGUCCAGUUUAACACCUUCAGAUACCAUUGAAUAUGGAUUUAUAAAAACGGCGGGUCAAGCCUUUGGUUUGAGUAAUUUUCAUAUUAUUGCUCGCGGUUCUGAUCUACCCGGUUCUCGGCCGGUAUCUAGUCAGUCACUAACACAAUAUACAACUUUAUCAGCUUCCAGUGGAACUUCUACCCGAUCCCGCGUAAGCUUGGCUACUGUCGGACGAGGGAUAGACUUUCCAAUGCAACAGCGCCGUCUACGUUGGAUGUAUGACUGUUUAACUGGUGUUUCAGGCGUUAUGUUAUCUGGACGAAAGGUGUGGCUAGAUACAAUGCGUGAUUGGUUGGAAGAGGUACAAAAUGCAUUUGAUAAAGACCGUAAACGAGGAUACAUUACGGAUAGUGGACAUUGGAAUGCCAACGCAAGUGAACUUGGUAUUCUUGGCUUACGAUUAAUCGUUCAAACUGACCGUGGUCCUGAGUUAAGCAGAAUUAAUACUGGUCGCAUAGUACGUGGUGGUAUAGUAGAUCCACCAGCUUUCUAUACACUAUUACGCGUUUGGCGUUCCAAAGAUGCUUUGAACUUUUCUUCUCUACCUUGUAUUAUUUACCCAGAACCAAGCAUAGUUCAUGUAGGUCGUUUAACUGGUCCUGGACGCCCUUCGGAUCUGCAUGCAUUAUCUCCGGCUGAACCAAUCGAAUUUGUUCAAACAAGCUUUUACGCUGUAGGUGUUAGCGAAAUGAAUUCACAGCUUGAUUUAGUUCAGCAAAUUCGACAUAUUACAGAAACUGCAACCGUCCAAGGUGUUCCAGCUUUUCCUACUGGUGUUCCGUUUACAUUUGUUGAACAUUAUAUUUAUUUGGUUCGAGAGACAGCAAUCGCUUUCGGCAUAUUUUGUACUGUAAUUCUGUUUACUGGAUUAAUUUUAUUCUCGUCUCCGAUUACUGUUUUGCUUCUACUUAUAAUUGGAGCUGUUGGUGGAGCAUGUUCCGCGAUCAUUGGUUUAGUUAUUCUUAAUUUGGCUUUAAAUCCUAUUUCUGCUUGUUUGUUAUUAGUGUCCAGUGGUUUAGGGGCUAGGAUAUCUGUUGGAUUUCUUGGAUCGUGGCCAGUAUCUCAUUUGUAUACAGAUUCAUCUUCGAAUCGGUCAACUCGUAAAAUAUGCUUAUGUCAAUCUAAUUCAUCAUAUGGAUGUACGGUAUCUGAUUCAGUUCAAUUUUGUACUCGUGUUCAAAAUCCCAAAUAUGAUUCCAAACAAAUUACACUGUCUAAAUCACCUUCGUUUGCUCUUAAUACUACUAUUACCGUUUCGGAACGUCGUCAACUAGUUAGGGGUCAAAUAGUUCGUAUACUGAGUAAUCAUUUUACUCCAGCUUUUCAUGCUACAGUUGGACUUUUGCUAGCAUUAUCUUUACUCGUUGCUGCUCGUGUACAGUUUAUAGCUGAUUACUUUUUCCGUCUGAUCGUUAUUGUUAGCUUUGUUUGUUUAUUCAAUGCUGUGUGUUUAAUACCAACUAUCUGUUAUCUGAUUGGUCCAUUUCACAGCCGUUUCAUACUUGGACGACGUAAUUUGUCGAAUAUUACUUCAACAUCACAUAAAUCACCAAUACAACAAGACGAUACUAACUAUCAUUCUCAUCUUUCUCCAGCAGUGAAUAAAACUAUUCACUAUCUGAAAUGUCAUCCAUCAGAAAUAAACUUUAAUUCUGAACAACAUCAUAUCAAUAUGAUAAAUGAUUCACAGUCAUCUUUUUCAAGUUCACCUUCUAAUAUGUCCCCAAGUCUAUCAUCACCAAGUUCUUCUCGUUCAUCCAGUUCCUUUAGUCAUUCAGAACAAAAUCAUAAUGAUGAAUCCAGUCAAAAUAUGAAACUCUCUAGUAAAACAGAAUCAAUUUAUAAAGAGUCUAGCUGUUUAACUGUGAAAGAAUCACCAAAAGAUAUUGUUCAUCAUGGUUUGAAUUACUCAAAUGAUCAUUCUACAUGGAUAAAUCGUUCGAGUGAACAAUGUUCUUCAAAUGCUGCCGCUACGGCAGCAGCGGCCGCUGUUGUUGUUGCAGCUGCAGCCGCCGCGUCUGUUCGAUCUCGACCACCUAGUUUAAGUACUAUUUCAGAAGAACCUUCUCAUUCCAACUCAACUGUAAGUUUAAAUCAUACCACUCCACCGAAUAGUGGGAAUGGUUCUGGAUGUAAUAGUACUGGUAGUAGUAUUAAUAAUAAUAAUAGUAGUUAUUUGCCAACUUUUGAAAAUGAAGAUAUUUCAUUGAAUCCUACUGCAUCUUUUAAUUCUGUCGGUUCGAUAAAAAACUACUUUAUAUCACAAAAUCUGCCACUUAGUCUUGUCACCUCAGUUGAUCUUAUCAGGAUGAGCAGACUUUUAAAUCCAAAUAUUUCUGCUAAUGAGAUAUGCGAAAGUUUAUGUAACUCAAUUACAUCUCCUGCCCCUUCCAAUAUUCAUACGUCUGUUAAAAGCCAUCGAACUAGUAAGAACAGAGAAUUGGUCUUAGAUCCAAAUGUAGCAUGUACAUUAUUGGCAGCUGUAACGGCAACUAGUUAUCAAACUGCAAACAAACCAGUUGUAGAGGUAACACCUGUUGGACACAAUGAAAAUAUCCCACCUCCUUCAUAUUCAAGUGUAGUUAACCAAUCUCACUCUAUCGGGCGUGAUAAAUCCUCCGAACGCAUAUCAGUUUCAUCUCAUCAACAAAAAACUUAUAGAGGUCAUAAUAUUUCUACCCGUGUAUCAGAUAACGAGAUAUCUGUUAAGUCAUUUGCAGAUAAUUAUGAGAUCUCUGAUCCUACUACACAAUUGGCUGCCAAUAACAAUAUUUUUCAGCCUAAUUCUCACACUACCUCAUCAUCAUCCUCAUCAAAAACUUUUAAGACUAAUUAUCACCAUUUAAGAAAGAAAAAUGUAUCAUUAGUAUUUUCAUCUCCUACUCAUAUACAUCAAACUACACCAGUAAAUACAAGCUCAAACUGUAAAAUCUCACAAUUACCUAAUACCGGUUCAAAUUCUUCAACUACACAUUUGAAUGUAAAUAUUUCACAUUCAUGUCAUAAUCAUAGACACUGUUGUUCUAAUUGUUUAAUUACUCAUUGUAAUUCAAGGUCAAUAAAUGAUGAUUACAAUAGUGGCAGCAACCUCAAUGCUAAUGCCAAUAUUCAUCAUCAAGGUACUAGUCACAUUGUUUUAUCGGAUUCUAAUUCAGAUAGUCAAAUUAAAAAAUCUCACAAUACUUAACAUAAUUAUAUGCAAGUUAUAUCCAAUUGUAUAGUUAUAUGUACGCUUUCAACAUAUCUGUAUUCCCUACUCUAAAACACUUUGUUUUUCUACAAUUUAUUUGUCUUUUAAAAUUCUAUACUUAUGAUGUAUUUCUUUAAGUUAUAUAUGCAUUUUGUACAGAUUUGUAUGUUUCAUAAAAACCGUUUAAAAAUCCUAAUAGUUAUGUUUACCUUUUUCUUUGUAAUAGUUUACCACUGGUCUUUAUUUUCACGUAGAAUGUUUAUUUCGAUUAACAUUGUUUCUAGCCACUCCCCCUACACGUUUUUGUUGCCUAAAAUGUACAGUUAAAUUUGCUUACUCCAACUUGUACGCUCCUGUUCUAUCGCUUACAAUUUAUCUAGGAAUUAACUUAUUCAGUGUACAUAAAUUACAGUACUUGUUGUUAAGCACAAUUAUCGUUUAUCUAAAGUCUUUUCUCGCUAAUCUUUUAUCAGUUUUCUGUUAUAUGUCUUAAGUUUUUUUUCUUUAUUAAAUUGGUCGUUUUAUUUUCUCGGGAUUAUUCAGUUGAAUUAUCUUUUAAAUGAAAUUAGUGUAUUUAUAAGUUUAUUUUUGACUGAUAUAGGUAUACUUGAUUUCACUGUAAUUGUUGGUAUUCAAUACGGUCUGCUUUUCAAUUAUUGAAUCCAGCUAUAUAUAUAAAUAUCAAGGCCAUGUAUAAAGUCAAUUUUUUAUACGUUUUAUUUAUGUAAUUUUGGUUAUUUCAUUCAAUUUAGUUUUCCUUAAAACAAAACUGGUUACUCGUGAAGUGAUCGAAAAUUCUUUUUGCUGUCUCAGUAGCUUAUGUUUUUACUGUUAUUAAGGAAUAGCGAUUUUUUUCUUGUAUCUUUUCCAUAGCCAAUUACUUACCUAUAGUCAUAUUCUCUUUAUUCUUUCCGCGUUUUUUUUCUGUUUUUCAAGUUCAUCGUUUUCCUUUUAUCCCUUGUUCUCUAUGUUGAUUUCAUAAUUUUGACUAAUUAUCGUUGCAUUUUUUCUAGAUUUCCUUCUAUUCAACAUUUAUAUAUCCAUAACGUACUAUUGUUGUAUCUUAUUCAUGUGUUCCUUUUUAUCUUAUUUAUUUAUUUCAAAAAAAUCUUAUUCCCUGUAAACAGUUAAAUGUAUUUUUCUGUGUACAUACUCAUGUAUACAUAAGUAACUAGUGUUUAUAUUUUCGUUGAACUAGGCAUUUUAUUUUAUUGUUUUAUUAUUCUGUUUUCUUAUUCCUUCUUGUUUUUUUUCUCUCACUCAUAAUUUAAACAAAUAUACAUAUAAAUAAAUAUUCAA